GCUGGACUUUUAUCUUGUUCCUUGCCUAAAUUUUAUUUGACGUUUAUAUGUGUAAAGCUUGUGUAAGAUUUACUUUAAAUUUAGAUAUAUAAUGCCUUCUAUUUAUCUAUAUUUUAUCGUUUUUUUUUCGCAUAUAUGUAGGUACCCACAUAUAAAAGUAGAUCAAAUAAAACGUGCCUUACAUCCACUGAUCCGCUGAUAAAACGUUAUCUCUUAUCUCGUUGUAUGCAUAUACCGCGUCGAUGGUAUCACCCACGCCCUGGGACACACACACGCACACAUCCGGAGGUCACCAUAAUCUUAUUCUUCUCGGGAUGGUACGGAACCACCAGCCACUUUGGUCAAAGAGCAUGGUGCAUGGGUAUUAUGAUGCCUCUUUCAGUUCUUCGCCGGUACCCAUCCGCGUUUGACUUCUUUCUAACUGGUAGUGGUGUACAUUUGCCGAUAGUAAUAUAAUGCGAUGGGAGGUAGUUCGCGCGUUAGUGGUGCUUUGCUUUGGGGGUUGGUCAUUUUGCAGGCGGGGGUAGUCGUGGUCCUAGGUGAAUGCUGGUAUGACAAUAAGAAACAUGAAGAAAAUGCAGAAGUGCCGACAGGGGAACCGUGUUUAAAUUGCACGUGCAGCAAAAGCGUUUUACUUUGCUAUCUAAGAGUUUGCCCCAAAUUGCCCAACCCGCCGCCACUGGGAUGCAUUUUGCUGCACAGAUAUAAAACCUGCUGUCCUGAAUUGAUUUGUUCAGAUUUUAUUGAUGGUGGAAACAGCAUAGAAUCAAGAGAGGGCUCAGAUAUGAAUUUAGAUAUGACAUCUGACCACCAACCCUUAUAUAAAAAUGCAUGUAUUUCAAAUGGCAGCAUAUACAGCCCUGGCUCAGCUAUGCACAGUUCAUCACUGUGUGAAUAUUGCUACUGUUUGGCUGGGAAACAAGUCUGUGUGAAGCCUAAAUGUCUUUUGCCUAUUGAUGGUUGCAAUCCAGUUUUUGAAGAGAAUAGCUGCUGUCCAGUGAGGUACAAUUGUACCAGCUUGGUCACUGAGGCAGCUCCUAAAGAGUUAACUACUACAACAGCUCCACUUGAUAUAAAUGUAAAGCAAGAUGGUUGCUCUAUAGAUGGUAUACAUCAUCUAGAAGGCUCAAAAGUAAUCGGAAUGGGACACUCUGUAUGUGAUAACUGCUACUGUCUCAGAGGCCUACUAAGAUGCGAACCUCUCUCCUGUGCCCCACCUUUAUUAGGCUGCGCUCCAGUAAUCAAACCAGGAGACUGUUGCGCCGCAAGCUAUAAUUGUAAUGGCACCUUAGAAGUCAACCCAGAACCCAACUAUGGCCUAUUUCCGACAAUCAGCAAACAGUACUCGAAGUUGCGUAAAGAAGUUCACCGAAAGCCGUCACGAAAAAAUGGCGUCGUCACUGUGGCACCGUUUUAUGUUCUGGCAGAAAGUUUACUGGAGCCGACUACCAAGGUUCUCCAUCAGAGGAGUCCUGGAACUACGUAUGGAACCACGCGACACUUCUCUGGAGUCAAUUUACCAGUUAGCAGUACUCAAAAAUCCACGGAAGAUAAUGAUGAUAAUUACUUUUUAAUAAGCAGCUCCAAGCUAAAAUCCACAUCUAAGAAACCAACUAGUGUCCCUGGAAUCUAUUAUGCUACAACCAACUAUGAAUCUCACAACACCAAUUAUAGACGGUUCUACAGUACUACAUUAAGGUCUAAGCCUAGUACUCCUGCGGCUGCAGAAGCAAAAGCUGAGCCUGUUGAUUACCUAGGAUUUUCUGGAUUAAACUUGUUUAGCAUUGUUGAUUCUUUGUUGGAUGGAACGAUUUAUAAGAGAGCCCAGGAGGAUUCUAUGUCUGAUUCUAGUAACGUUUCUUCUGAGGAAACUCAGGUUGUUUUAAAUAAUGAGCAAGUAAAUUCUACGGAAGCUGACGUUACCACUGAGGUAACAACAGAAUUUUCUGCUGAAAGUACUGAUAAUGAUUAUUCAACCACCGUCACUGAAUCCGAUUCUACUAUUAUGUCUACAGAAAGUUUUGAGGAUUUUGUUACUGUUACAACUGUGCUGAAUUCGACAGAUUGUAUCAAGAAUAUUAAAAAUGGAUCUGAGUUUGAGGAAUCAACUCCUGCAGAUCCUCAAGAGAUUAAUGCUUUAGCUGAAACUAGAGCAGAUAUAACAACAACUAUUACAGAGUCAUCAUCAGAACCUUCAUCAUCUACUAAGGAUAUGGAUUUAGCAGAUACCAUUUCAAGAAACAGUGUGAAUACCAAACUUACCCCUAAUAUUGAAGCGAUUCUUAAUAUUUCAAAGCAAAAUAUUAAUGGAGAGUUUGACUAUGAUUAUAAUGAGCCUACUUUACCACCCAGCCUACCCAACUUAAAAAUAAUACCGUUUGUGGCUGCAGAUGCCUUAGAUGCUCAAAAAGAAUCAUCCAAAGUAAUCAGCCCAAUUUUUAUUGAUAAAAAAGUUGACACUGAGCCAGUGGAAUAUUCAAAUAGCAUGUUUAAGCCACCUGUUCAGACUGAAGGUGGUUUUAUACCUAAAGAACCACCUGUGAUAGAGGACUUCUAUGAGCAUAUGCCACUAAAUAAUGUUCCUUCAAUCACAACUAAUGAACCACCAGGAAAAAGCCAAGCACUCAACUGCAUUUCAAAUGGCAAAGAAAUCUCCCAUGGCACACCGGUUGCCUCAGAUUCACCAUGUAUGACAUGCACCUGUUUCUAUGGUAACGUAGUAUGUCAAAAAUCAAAUUGUCCUGCACCUAAGCCUGGAUGUAUUGUAGCAUUGGAGCAAGGGUCUACUCUGUGUUGCCCAAAUUAUAUUUGCAAUGAUCAACUUGUUCCUAAACUUCCGCCUCAGGAGAUAAUAACAGUUGCAGAGGGAAUAAUUCCAGAUGACCCUUUUAGAGAUGUAAUUAGAACAGAAUCAGCUCCAAACUUGCAAAGCCUUAUUGGGGAUCUAAUAUCCCAUACAAGCAGUACCACUGAAGCUUUCACCCAAAAAACAACAAUAAAGCCUGAAACAACUACUUCAUCCGAAUAUGACGACUCAUAUGGUUUUGAUAAGGUGUUGCAGUUCAUUUUCUCAGGAAAUCCGGAUAUAAUUGAGAAGCCUCUAAGCAAAAAUCCAGUGAAAAAUACUUCAGACCAUUCUAGUUCUCCAACAUCAACAUCUUCAACCACCACUUUUGUUAAAGUACCUUUAAUUGAAGCUACUACUAAAGAAGCUACAACAUUAAAACCUGUAACGACCACAACAACAACUAAUCGACCAAUACCAGAAGAGAAAAGCAAUAAAAAAUCUAACUCUAUUGGUGGUAUUUUAAAAUUGGCUGGAUGUAAUAUUUAUGGAAGAAUGUAUAGGGUGGGUCGAAUAAUCUCUGAAUUAUCAGGACCGUGUUUGGAAUGCAAAUGUACGGAAGUGGGAGUGCAGUGUAAAGAGUUAAAAUGUAAACAUUAGUAAGUUGAAUGUGAUGUAGUGUUAAUACUUUAGUUCGUUAAAAUUAAUUUAAAGUUUUGUUUGAAUUGACGUACAUUUUGUGAAAAAGUAGAGGAAAAAAAUUAAAAAUUCUUCUUUUCUGAACAAUAGUGCCAUUUUUAUACAGUUACUAGCAGAUCAGCCGAUAACCUCAUAUUUACCUACCAUAUUUAUUUAUUUAUAGUUUGUUCCAUAUUAACUUACAGUAUAUUUUAAAGUUAUUAUGCAUAUCUUUGUAUAGUAGCUUUUAAAGAUAUUGAUAAUGUUAAUAAUACCUACAAAAUUAACAUGUAUGCACAAAAUAAAUUAUUAACUAU